AUGUGGAAAUCCAUAGUUCUAUUGAAUCAGUUUGUGAAGCCCAUCACAUUGAAACUUUCCGGCAAGGCCAUCCCGAAUCGCCUCUAUCGCACACCCCUCUCGGAGUAUGCCUCUACUUACGACGAGAAUGAUAUCGAAAACACAGGCAAGCCACUUCCGCGAUAUGCGGAACUUUAUCAAGAGCUUGCGGAUGGCGGCGCUGGGCUAAUAUGCUUCGGCAACGUCCCGGUUGAUCGAAAUAAUCUCGAGAACUAUAACAACGCCGUCCUUGAUUCCAGAAAUCCCUGGGAUGCCGUCUCCGCCUUUGCACCAGCUAUCCGAGCUGCGAAGUCUCGUGGUGCGAUAUGCCUGCCGCAACUCCAAUUCCCCGGCCGCCAGGUGCCAAAGUUUCUGAAUCCUAACCCCAGAUCAUCGUCCGAUGUCCAGCUGGAGCCGUGUUUGAAGAAAACGUACGGCAGGCCAACUCCGUUGAGCAAGCUCGAGAUCAAGGAACUGACUGGUCAAUAUGUCUGGGCUGCGGAUGUCUUGGCUAAGGCCGGCGCGGAUGGUAUCGUCUACGGCGGUAGCCUAGAGAACCGAGCACGUUUCAUACUUGAGCUAGUUGGCGCCGUGAAGGCUAAGCUUCCAUCUGACAAAUUCGUUCUUGCGGCCAAGUUCAAUUGCCAAGACUUCAUAGAUGGUGGCCAAAGCUUUGCCGAGCAGUGUGUUGUCAUUAAAUGGCUUGAAGAUGCUGGAGUAGACUUCUUUGACAUUUCAGGAGGCACUUAUGAAUCGCCGGCCUGGAGGGGCAACAUCAUGACGGAACUUGCCCAGCGACCGUCUCAGAGAGACCGUGGAAGCUACUUUAUCGAAUGGGCUCAAGAGUUGAAAAAAGUCCUA